UAAACAUUCCGAUCUAAACACAGAGCCAUUCCUACGUCACAGGAGUCUGUUGACAAGGAAAGCUAACUCCAUAGCGACACUUUAACACAACAGUAACAGACACAUCGCUUGCUGCAAGCUUGCCGCCAUGUCUGUGCAUGAAAAAGAUGUUCACAGAGACACAACCAAGUUUACAGCUCCAAGGGGAAGCAGCCCUGAUAGACAAUCAACCCAUAAUUCAGGAUCUGUAGAAUCUCCUAUUGUACCCCUGCUGGCAUCUUCCUCCCCAACAUUUUUGGGUGACCUGCCAACUGAGCACCCACUCAACAUGCCUCAGAUAUCACAGCUACCUGACACAUCUGCUGUUGAGGUUCCUCAGUUGGUAGCAACAUUGGGUCCAGAGAUGGCAUUAGCAGAUUCGGUAUGGAUGGAGAGGCCUGGUCUGAUUUCAUCUGCCCUUACUGCUGAAGAAACCCAGGGAGUAAAAACAAUCUCUCCAGGUGAAUAUAUCUCCAAAGAAGUCUUCACAGAGGGAUCAGAGAUUGGGAAAGAGAGUAAGAGGAAGUGCAGUCCUCUUACUGGCAUUGAGGUGUUUGAGAUGUUUACACAAAAACCGCACCUCGGGGGGCUUCAGUUUUACCAUCUUAAGACUUCGGAAGAUGGUCUAUAUAGACCCUAUGAUCUGCAUGUUGUGCCAUGCAUCAAAGCAGGCUCGGAUCACUACAUCUUCUCGCACACCUCAGUAAUUCAUGUAAAGGAUGGCAGUAGUGUUGGACUCUUGAAACUAACAGAAUGGUAUCGGGAAGCCAUGCUAUGGAAAGCCCUGAGAGAUAUCCCAUUUUUCAGAGAUUAUCUGCUACGAAAGACUUUCACUAGAUGGCACAGAAAUAUAAGUCAAGCCUCAUUUCAACGCAAGUGUAAGCAGCUUCAGUCUGCAUUACUGAUAGCUGUUCCUGAGUUCAGAGAUGCUUUAUUUCACUUGACCAGACAAAUUGAAGAGCUUAAAAGAGUGCACUGGUUACCACAGGAUGAGUCAAAAACAUACACACUUGCAGAAUUCCAGACUGCACUGUUGACAAGCAAUCAGCAGUCUCAAAGCUCCAUAGAAAAAUUCUUACAUCACUGCUCUCAGAUACUGACUAGGGUACUGGAGUCCUGCCACAAAACAUACAUGGAAUUACAACAAGAAGUGGAAGAAUUUCAGUUGAAACAAUGCAGCCAGCCUUUAAAUCUUCAACAGACCUUGAAUAGAAACCUUCACAUAAAGCUUAACCAGAUUGUUAAAGUUCUUCAAAAGCUUGGAAGAUUUUCAGCUCUUAUGGACUGCAUGAUUGUACAGAACCUUGUGUCUAUCACUCACUCUAAGCUCAUGAGCUUCCAUAAUAAGAUUUUGAAGAGAAAACAGGAAAAUCAGGGCAGUCUUUUCCAGGCAGAGUUGACAUUUGGAGAAGAUGGUCAGCUUGCUUUGUGUCCAACCAUGCACCUGUUUCAGGAGCAGCUUCUUAAUGCGUUGCAAUCUGUGGUUAAUUCUACUAUGCAAGUUAUUGAUGACCACAGUAGUUCACCAGAUUCUCAAGGUUCUUUGGCUCUUAGUUUCUCUUUUGCCAGUGAUUUACAGCAAUCUUCUCCAAUUCCUGACAUUACAAGUUGCACAAGUGUUCCUGUCAAGAGAGCAUAUCAACAGCAUGAUUCUGCACUCAAAAGUACUGACAGUUUUCCCUUUGAGGAAGAGUCUUGUAUUGUAUCAAACACAAAGAUGGUGGUUCCCAAACUGAGCUCUUUAAGGCUUCAGUGUCAGAGACUGCAAGGACAGCUCUAUCCUCUGUGCAUUAAACAGUUAGAAUGGCACCUGCACCACCAUGCCGGGACACAGGAGUUUGAGAAACAGCAAUCCAGAAUUAUAGAGAAAGCCCUCCAAGAAAUCCAAAAUCUGUGUGAAAACCAUUCCUGGUUGGUAAACGUUUAUUCGUUUUCCAAUCAGUGGAGCCCAGCUUCACUGGAAAGCAUGCGAGGAUGGCCUCCCCCUAAAUAUAUGGAACACAUCCAGAUAACACAAUCCUGGAUCAAACAAGUGCACAAUAUGCCCGCUGCUUUUACCACAUCCAAUAAGCUCAUCACCAUUAACUGUUCACCUCUCCAAGAGAUGCUAGAGCUUUUACUGAACACUAUGGAGGAGGGUGUUUUAAAUUUGAUGUCAGAGGAACUGCAGUUCUAUGCCACAAAAUUGCUCAAUGAUCUGAAGAAAUGUAUUGAAUGCUUCAAGCUUGAACCCAUUGACCUCAAAGAGUUUGCAAAUUAUGCAAACAUGGUAAAAUGCUACAGUGAAACUAACAUGCACCAACAGCUAGACAACCUGUGCGCUUUUCAAAAAAUUCAUUUUGAAAACAUGACUUCUAAGGAACUUACAUUGAUUGAGGAGACAUUUGGCCUGUGGAAUCAGUUUGUUCCUCUGCUGAGGACAGCAAAAGAAAGAGUCAUGCAGCAACUUCCAUCCAUGAUUGACAUUCUGGACAACACAUUUUCCUCCUUAACUAAACAACUCAAUGGUCUGGUCUGCAGUACCAACACUGGACCUUAUCGGGACCUAAAUUUUGAAAAUUCUAGCCAUAUAAUUCCUAAGAUGAGGAUAAAGUCUAAACAAUUAGAUAUGAUAGUUUCACAACUGAAUGAGCUGAGUGAGACCAAUCAAUGCCUGAAAGGGCAGCCAUUAGAUCUCUCAUUUGUGAUGGCAGCUAAGCUGAAUAUAGAAGCACGGACAAAGCUGUGGGAAAUAAUUGAGUUGUCCACUACACAGAUUCAGGAAUGGAAGCUCAUUCUUUUUUCAAAGUUUGUAGUAUCUGAAGCCCAGGACAAGUUAAACGAAUGGCUUCAACAAGCAAAUUCAAUAGCGAAAGGCCUUCCCUCCUCAGAUGAAAUGCUUCAGGAAACUUUACAUGUAUUUGAGAAGUUUAGCCAGCAGCUCUUGCUAUUAGACAAACUAAACAGUCCUACAAUGAAGCACAAACACUGGGCACACAUAUUUAAAGAAGUGGACCUGCUAGUUGCUGAACGACAGGAACUAACUGUAGGCGAUCUUACCUCUAGUGGACUGUGGCAGCAUCAAAAUAAAAUUAGCAAGAUCUGCAGUGAAUCCAAAGCUGAAGCAGACAUGGAACAAGCAUUCCGUAGGCUUCAGCAGAUCUGGGAAGGGACAGAAUUCAAACUUACAAAAUUCAAUGUCUGUCAAAAGAAGAAUCCACAGUGUGUGGCAUUUUAUUUGUUAGACCUGGAAACUCUGAUGGCCCAGGCUGAGGAUAGUGUUAUGACUCUGUCCAGCAUGCUUUUUUCUCGUCAUGUGUGUGAUUUCAAAAGGGAGGUAGAAACUUUUAGCCAGCUACUGCAAGAGCUUGUGGAGCUUCUAGAUUUUUGCAAAAGAUAUCAGCAGAAGUGGAUAUUUCUUAGCAGAAUUUUUUAUGACAUGUCUAUGAACACAGAAAACAUAGAUUUGAUAGAGAAGUUUUCCACAGUUGAUCAGAUGUUUCAUGAACUGAUUCAGGCUAUAUCCUGUGACCCCCAUGUGCUGAAUUUAGUUAGAUUGAAGAAGACAAGAGAGACAGAUUGUGACUUGCAUGGAAAAAAACUACGCACUGUCCUCCUUAAAGGACUUGCACUAAUGGAGGAAAUUUGCAGUCAAUUAUUGUAUCUUUUAGACUCGCCACGACGUGAGUUCCCAAGACUGUGUAUUCUCAGUGAUGGGGAGGUGAUGGAACUUCUCUUACUGCAUCUGACACUGUUCUCCCUUCUAUCAACUGUGCGCAAAUGCUUCAGAGGAGUACAGUGGUUUGAGGUUGAUAGCAAUAGUAAAAAUGACAUGGCCAACCAACUCCCUGAGCCAGAUCUACCCAACACUCAAACGUGGAUAAAUGGGGUAUAUGGAUCGCUAAAGGAAUAUGUACCCUUUGUUUGUCCUCUUAAAUUUAAUGCAAAUCCUGUGGUUUGUCUCGAAUCUUUGGAGAAAUGCUUACAACAAACGGUCAAGCAUCUGAUUUUUAAAUCCAUUGCUGCGCAACUAGAAAAUAGACCUGAGCAGAACAAAGAAGUUGAAAACAACGGCCUUACACUGGACCAUGAUGUCAUUUUAAUUACGUCAGCAAAAGAUGAAGACAAAUCUCUAAAUGUCAUUGCAUCAUCAUUUUUAAAACUAAUAUCUGAAUAUCCUCUGCAAUGCCUUUUGGUUGCUGAAGAAGUUCUGUGGUACAAUGAAAUCUGUAAUGUUUCUUCAAGCAAAGCUCAAAACAAAUGGAAAGAUAUUAAAGCACAAAAUACAGCAAAACUGCAAAGCCUUUGCAAAGCCAUACAAAAUCUCAUUGCAGAUUCCUGUAAUGGCAACUUGAAAAAACAGCGCACUGUGACCGCCCUUCGUGCCAUAAUUCUACUGAUCAUGAAGCAUUCCCAACAGAUUGCUGGACUUGUUGACAUUAAAGCCAGUCUGGAAUCAACUUUUGAAUGGCAGACACUUAUGAAGUAUCGCCAUAAUGCUAUUGAUAAAUGGAGCAAUGUCAGCCAGGAUAACCCACACUAUAGUGAAGACUCUGUUUAUGUUGAUAUCUUGGGGACACAGCUAGUCUAUGGUAAUGAAUAUAUAGGACCGGAAAACUGGAUGAUGGUGAACACCACUUCAACAGAGAGAGCACAUUUGGGCAUUCUUCUCAGCCUCACUAGUUACAAAUGUGCUUCAAUUAGUGGACCUCUUAUGUGUGGCAAGCAAAAAAUUGUACAUCAGUUGGGAUGGGCAUUAGGACAACAAGUUUUCACUUUAAAGUGUUGUUCAGAUACAAAUUUUCCAGUUAUUUGUCGAAUGCUGCUUGGUGCACUUCAAAGUGGUGCAUGGCUAGUGCUUAGUUCUGUAGACUUAUUGGAACAAGGGAUUUUAUCUUUUCUUGGGCAGUGCUUGACAGACAUACAGCAAAGUCUGUCAAUAAUUAUGGAAAAUGGACAACAGACCGAGGUUCAAAAUCACAGUGAUAAUGUUCAAAGGAAAAUGAUGACUGAAAUCAAAUGCAAGGGCCUGUUUGGUGAAAAAAACAUUUUGGCCAAGCUAAGUUAUGGCUGCAUCAUAAUUUCAUCAAAUAGCUAUUCAGCUGAAAUCCCAGAAAACCUGCGCAUUACUACAAGACCUGUUUCAUUGAUGCAUCCUGAUUAUGGCAUUAUUUCAGAGAUUAUGCUGAUUUCUUUGGGAUUUUCUGAAGCAGCUUGCAUUAGUCGGCGUCUGAUUUCUCUCUUAAGCCUAGCAAAGGAUUCAUGUUGCCUUCCAGAAUUUGUCUGCAGAGAUCAGUGUUCCUGGUUGGUACUGCUCAGAAAAGUCAUAGAUGCUUCUGCUGUAUACCUGUACAAACUAGACAAAGAAACGUAUGCGGAGAGACCAAUUGAAGCAUUUGAAAAUAGAUUACAGGACUAUCUCUUACCCUCUCAUAGGAUCACCAAUAAAAACACAAUGGCAAAUGCUAUAAGAGAAGAGCAAGCAUUAAUUAAAGGGGUAAUGUCUGUAUUAUUGUCUGCCAUUUCUGAUCACAAUAGAGCCUGUCAAUUCUCUACCAUUUUUGAAGAAAUCUUCCCAGCAGCCAGAUACUGUCCAGAUUUUCAAUAUAUUAUUGAAGAGAAUGAGAGAAAUGCCCUUAGAAAUGCGGUCACAGAGGAGUUACAACAAACAGCAUUUUGUGCUGAUUCACAAAUACUUCACAAUGCUUUAAACCUACAUCAAGCACUAAAGUUUUCAAGAGCAGUUGUCAUUGUUGGACCAGCAGGCAGUGGAAAAACAACUUUAUAUAGAGCUCUUGCAGGAGCACUUAGGCGACUUGCAGAGACAUUUGUGCAGGAACAUGUUGCAGAUCCCAGCAUUUUGCUACGUUCAUGUUGGAGUUUAGUUGACACAAUUGUCUUAUUUCCAAAUGCUUUGUCACAUGAGGAACUUUUUGGUGCAUCUUAUAAACAAUCAGGUUCCUGGAGAGAUGGUGCUAUAACUAAAGUGUUGAGAGACACAGAACGGCAUGAUUUUACUUUUCAUUCAUUACCACAAAUUAAACAAAAAGAUGGGCCACGAAGAGUUAAAUAUCUAGUGUUGGAUGGUGAACCUUUGACCUGUCCUAAGUGGAUUGACUUUCUGAGUACAUUUGCCAACCCUGAAAAUCCCUUUUUUUGCCUUUCUUCAGGCGAGAAAAUUCAUAUAUCACAAGAGGGAUUAAAAAUUCUUGUUGAAACCAUAAGCCUUGAGGAUGCCACUCCCUCUUCAUUGGCAUGGUGCGGCCUGGUGUAUGUUUCUGGAAAUGAUAUGUGGAAAAAUGUGUGGAAAGCUGAAAUCGAUGUCCUAUACAGGCAGCAUGAUUUAGAUAAGAAAACUGUGAAAAUGUGGACGUGUCUGGCCGAAGAUAUUUUUUCUUGCACUAUAAUUUUCCUGAAGCAUAAAGGUUUAACCUCAGUCAUUUCCAGUGAAGGACAUGGAGCCAGUAAAUCAAGUCCUGGAAUAACAGAUGGCUUGCAAGAAAUAAUGUCAUUUAUUAAAAUACUCCAUGCUCUUCUUGGAGAGUCCAAAAAUGAGAUUGACCUGAAAUCAGCAUGUGAACAAAAAAGAGAACCUACUCUCAAGCCACCAGUCACAGAGCCUAAUGCAAGAAACCUCUUUUUGAUUGCUUACAUUUGGGGUUUUGGUGGGCAGCUGCAUCCAAGAUACUGGCCACAGUUUGAUAUAUUUGCUCGGGAAGUCCUGUUUAAAUGCCGUUACAAAAUUGAAGUACCAGUUCCAGGCACAGUUUUUGAGCAUUUUUUUAACCUAAAUGAGGAAAUGUUGGAAGAUGCUACUUGUUCAUUCAUGGAGAACAGUGGCCCACAACAUUCUUGCACACCUGUGUCCCAGUAUAAAAAAUAUGCAUACCUCCUGGAACGUUUAUUAGAAGCUCAUUAUCCAGCAUUACUAGUAGGAGAAGCAGGGAGCGGCAAAACAGUAUUGUGCAAGACUUUAAUACGGAAAAGACCACAUCUGCGCUUACCAAUAAACCCACUUCUCUGCUCUGCUGAUUUACACAAUAUACUUGAGGGGAUUGGGAGCCAGAAUGCAUCACCGAACUCUUUGGAUUCAAUCAAACAGCAUGAGGGUUUGUUUCUGUUUGUAGAUGACUUACAUGAAUCAGCGAUAGGUAAAACAUCGGCAACUUUGGAAACCUUGCGGCAAUGCAUUUCAAAGGGUGGAUUGUGGACUUCAGAUGGCUAUCACUUUAAGCUGUUUAGCUCGGGAGCAGUUAGUUAUCUUGGCAGUUGCAGGACUCUUGAAAGACAGAAAAGUGGCUACAGUCAGAUUUCCCCACGGCUUUCUAGACUGUUUAAUAUCUUGGCACUUCCUUUAAUGACUGCAGAUAUUCUAUAUUCUUUCCAUUCGUCACACUUACAGCAGUGGCUGAAAAACUUUCCACCAAUGUCAAGCAUGGCAGAUAUGGCACAUUGUAUUGUUGAUACAACCUAUGAUGUCUAUCUUGCUGUGUGUAAACAUUUAUCUCCUGCUGCAUAUUCUCCCUACGUUGUUUUUUCAGUAUCUGACCUUCAAAAAGUUUUCCAAGGAAUGUACCUCUUUGAUUCUAGGACCACAGCCCAACACUUAAACCAAAGAUGGCCUAGCCACAGUUUUCAAAGUUUUUCUUCAACUUCAUUUUCAGCCUUUGAUCCAGAUUUCCUGGGCCCCGUAAUGAACAUACUCAGUAUUGCUCGUCUGUGGAUGCACGAGUGUUUGCACACUUUUGGUGAUCGGCUGUCCUCAGAUGAAGAAAGGCAAAAACUGAUUUCAUUUACUUUACAAGCAUCUGAAAAACAUUUUGGUAGCAAGUUGGUAACGGAAUCCCAAAUCUUUGGAGAAAUGUCUAGCCGUGGAUGUCUAUCAGAAAGCACAACCACAAAUGGCAUUAACCAGCAAGGACAAGUGACUAUGCAGCGAGAUAUUGUUGAGUGUAUUGCGUCUAGAAUAGAAUCUUUUACACCUCCCAUGGAUGUAGUGAAUAGCGGUCUGUCAGAUCUGCCUGACUCAGACUACUCUGUGGAGUUAAGCAGCUCCGACUCUACUGCUGCAUGUGAAAAACCUCAUACCAUCUUUAGGCCUGAGCAGCUGCUGUUUGAGAUUAGUUCUUCUAGCCAUGAUAUGGUCUUUGGCCCAGAAUUUACAAGACGUCAUGUGUGUAGAGCACAGAAGUUUAAACAAAACACGUACGAAGAAAGAGACAUAGAUGUGUUAAUACAACAACUGACUAAUAUCGUAAAAAACAAAGAAGAAAAAGAUACUUGUUGGAAAUCUGCAAAAUUUGCUGUGUAUCACCAGAGAGUGCGACAACUUAUGCAUAUCUUACGUGUUUUGCUCAUACCUAAUGGACAUGGGGUUCUGAUUGGAUCAGCUAAAAAAACAGGACGAAAGACAACCAUACGCCUAGCAGCUUAUUUAACAGGAUACCAUUUAAUUGAAGUCCAUUGUGGUAAUGAGGUCAGACUAAACGAGCUUCUCGAAGAGGCUCAGCAUCAGAUUGACAUGAAUAGAAAACAUGUCAUUGUUUUGCUUCAUGAGAGUACUAGUCAAGCCACUAGGGAUGAACUUCUGGUGAUCAUGGAAACCUGGCAUCAUGGAGAAGAUAUGAGUUCGCAUAUUAGUGCUUUGUUAAAAAAUUCACCAAAUCAAAGCAUUCACCGAUUCAAUAAACGGAAAAAACAAAGACAUAUACAUGUCUUUUUACUUCUGCCUCUCAGCCAGCACACUGAUCAAAGAGAACUGGAACAGUCAUCUGUAAUUGCACGUCAUGUUACUAAGGCUUUAACUCUCUGCUAUUGUGUAGAGGUAUACCAUCCUUGGAGCACUAAGACUUUAGUAAAAAUUGCAUCUGUUCAUCUGAAGAACAGUCUAGAUGACAAUACUUUGGUGACCAAUAUUUCUCAGGCAAUGGCUGAAAUACACCGGUCUGCAACAAAAUAUGCUUCAGCAUUUCUAAACACAGUUUCUAAAAAUCUGUUCAGCCCACAGACAUAUAUUGAACUGAUUGAAAACUUUAAUCACCUUUUUGACCACAUCUGUGAGAAAGGUAGAACACAUUCCAACAGGUUGGAAACCGUUCUGGGCCGUGUAAAUGAUCUGACUGACACAGCCCAGGAUUACAGCCAGGAAAUUUUUGGGAUUAAAGUCAAAAUUCAGGAGGCACAUAAGGAAUUAAGCCAUUCGCAAAUGGCUAUGGAUAUUGAGUGUGCAGUGUGUGAACAGACUCAUCAGCAAUGUUUAUUGGAGGAGAGCUGUCUUUCUGAGCUACAAGAGCAGUUAGAUCUAGCUGAGAAACAAGCAGAGGAUACCUUUAAUGAGGUGAAUCCACUGUAUGAGGCAGCACUUAUGGCUCUGCUUUCUUUAAAUCAGUCUGACAUAGAAGAAGUCCGUCACUACAGACAACCUCCUGAUGGAGUGGUCAUCCUGUUGAAUGCUAUAUGCAAGCUAUUCAAUUGUUCAUGCGACUGGAAAAGUGUCAAACAUCUUUUCGGGCAACUCGAUUUCCUACAGGAACUAAAAUUUUUUGACCACUCAAAAAUAAACGAUGAGUUAUUUGAAGAGUUGGGGGAAAUUGUACACUCACCAAACUUCCAGACAGACUUAAUUUGUGGUGUAAGCAAGGCUUGUGAAUCUUUAUGCAACUGGGUACGAGCAGUUUACCAGUAUGCCUGCGUUAAGCGCCAGAUGGCUCCACACGAAGCUCACAAGAUCCAUGUGAACAAUUGCAUGGCUGAAAUCCGAGCACGGCUGAAGGUGGCUAGGAUGCAUAAAGAAGCUGCUCGAGAAAGACUAGAGGUUGCGGAAAAGCAACACCAGGCUAUCAACAACAAAUUACAGGACCUUUCAGCCGAGCUAAGUAAAGUUGAAAUCCAAGAGAAAGAGGUUGCUUUCACUAUUAAGCAAGUAAGAUACUACAUGGAAAAAUGGAACAUUGCUAAAAAUGAAUCUGAAAUGAAUGACCACACUAUUCCUGGUGAUGCACUGUUGUUAGCUGCUGCCAUAACCUAUUUGGGCCCAUUUGGGCCUGAGAUUCGCUUGGAACUGUUAAAAAAGUGGCACAAAAUGUGUCUCACGGGCACAAUUGCAGUUAGUCCAGAAGAUGUACGUACAUCAUUGUUUGAUGAAACACAGCUUCUUUCUACUGAGACUGCCCAUACUGUACAAAUUCCUGUGGCUGUGGAGCUUCAUAUGUCUCUGUCACAAGCACUUGGGUGGGAUUCACAUCACUUAGAAGAAGUGUCUCCCAUUGAUGUGUUAAAACUGUUGUUGUGGGGACAUAGAACUCCAUGGGCUCACAAAUGGACAUUGCUUACAGACACACAGCAACAUAAAGAAUGCACUUUCCAAACAAGGCAGAGAGAAUAUUCUGACCAAUUCCCAGUUAAUGCUGGAAGAUCUGAAAAAGAAAACGAAUUUGAGCUCAUUGUUUCUGCAGAUGACCCAGAAUUUAUUCACAAAAUCAGUCAUGGUGCAACAAAAGGUUUGAAAGUUUUGGUUACGGAAAUUGAACAUGCUGUGCCAAGCGAUGAGUUCCUCAGUAUCUUAAAUCGGCCAGCUGGAACUCACAUUUUUGAUGUGUUUGAUCCAGUCACAACACCUCACCCGGAAUUUUGCCUAUUCCUUAGCACCUCUCUUCCAGCAAAGGUUCUGUUGGAAGAAAUUCACCCAUUUAUAUUAAUAAAGGUGAAAGUUAUAGAUCUAUCUCUAAGCACAUCAGAAGUUAAGGAUAUUGUUCUGAGUGACUUAAUGAAGUCUAAUUGUUCAGAGCUUUGGUUGAGGCAUUCCCAGUUACAAAAAGAUAAACAAGUUCUACAGGAUAAACUUCAUUCAGAAGAGGUUUCUUUGAUGGAUUACAUCUUGCAGUCUUCCACCCCACUGCUUCAGGAUCCUCAGUUCCUUCCAUAUGUGUCACUGUGUCAAAAAGCCUCAUUAAGACUUGAAGCAGGAAUUGAAAAGCUGUCUAACUAUAUGGAUGACAACAAAGCCAUAAUUAAUGCCUUCCACUGCAUAGCAGCACUGGCAACAGCUCUUUAUCAGGAUAUCCAGGAUGUGGGACGUCUCUAUCCUUUUUACUCUUUUCCCCUGUGCAACUUUUUAAUUGCUUUGCGGAAAACCUUAGCCCUAAAGGUUUGGUCAGAUGUCAUCUGCAGUGGAGAAAUGCUGGAGGGUGUUGGCACGUCAGACAUCUUACACAGAAUAGUGUGCCAUGUAUUUGCUCAUUAUAGACCCUAUUUAUUCCCAAACCAUGCAGAAUUACUGUGGUUAUAUUUUUCUUUUGCAUUCUUUAUCCACACUGAGGGCUGCCCUGAGAUUGAACGCGUCAUCUUUCUCAGAGGACUCAAUGGCAUAGAAUCCACAGUAUAUUCUGCAUCAGCUGAACAGUCUGCUUCUAUUCUUCCAAACUGGAUACCAACCCAAACAAAAGUUCAUUUGGGUCUCCUAGAGAAAUUAUCUUCCUUUCAUGGCUUAACGUCCUCUUUAAGGAAUUCAUCCAGACAAUGGCAGGAGUACUUUCACUUUCCUUCAGCCACAGUGGCUGGAACUGUUCCAUGCCAGUCAAAUUCCCAAUUGACAUUAUUGCAGCGUGCUAUACUUUGGAAGACAUUCUGUCCACAGUGGCUUGCAGCAGUGGUGGAUGAUUUCUCUGCCUGUCAGCUAGGACAAAAUAUACAAUCAGCUAUGGAAGGUGGUCCUCAUAUCAGUUCUCCAGAGGCACUAUUGAGCUUUUUGUCCACAAAUAAUUGCCCAGUAAUUGUAACUAUGCCGAGUCCAACAGAAAUUCGAACAGGAAGCAUCCACCCUCUGCACUGGAUUAAACACUUUGGACGACACCAAGAAGAAAUGAAAGGGGUGAGGGUAGUUGUACAUUCAUUUGGGUCUAAAUGCCAAAAACACGAUGUUCUCUCAUCACUUAACACAGCUGUUCAGACUGGCCAUUGGCUGGUUUUGAAUAACUGUCACCUCCUGGAUCAUUGGGAUGCCAGAGUUAUUACUCAGCUAAGGCAGUUAAUAUUCUGCACUGGACAAGGGCACUGGAUGAAUAGUGAGGCAGAUACCGGGAUUGAUCUAAUUGGAGGAGAUCCAGGCUAUAAAGUGCAUCCUCACUUCCGACUCUGGUUUAUAACAAAAGGCAGUGCUCCACUUUCUAUUCCAGCUUUUAUUAGGAUGGGUGCUAUGCAUUUGGUGCUUGACUCUCAGUGGAACCUGAAAGAUGAGCUGUACUUCUCUCUGAGACAAGUUACUUCCACUGUUCCUCAAACUAUGAAUGUGGAGGAUCCUCUUCUUCUAUGUGCCAUCCUUCAUUCUGUUUUAAUACAGAGACAAAAACUGAAGCAUCUGGGGCAUGGCAGCAUUUAUAAAUGGUCAUGUGAGGAUCUUCUUGCUCUGAUCGAUGCACAUGCCCGCAUUACAAAACAGUGUCAUGACCCUAUUGGAGCGCUGGAAUAUGUAGCUGUUUACCUGAUCUAUGGUGGUCAUGUGUCAGACCCCGCUGAUUUGGAGGCUGUGAAAGCAGUGUGCAGUGUUUGUCUACAACCACCACUGUCUACAUGGGGUAGUGGCCCUCAUAUUCUUACAGAAAUUAUCAGCACGACAGGAUAUUUUGAUGAGGACAUUUUGAAAGCUGUACAGUACUGUGCAGAAACCACACUAAAUAACAAUGAUGCACUGCUUCUUGGAUUCAGUGCAGAGGUGACAAUUGAUGUUAUAAAAUUUAGAAGCAAGACACUCAGAAACCUACUUCUUCAGUCCCAAGAUAGCUUUGCAGCUGUCAGACAAUAUGGCAUGUUUAAUAAUCUUCUAGCCCAAACACACUACAAAAUGGCUCAAGAAACAUUACAGGCUUUACAGACCAAGUUUGAAUUGGCAAAGAAGAACAGAAGUGUGAGUGAAGGAAAAGUCUCUUUGAGCCCGAUCCAUACUUUUCUCUGGACUGAGUGGGAAAAUCUUUCAGAGAUUGUGUCAUCACUUCUUGAAAAUGCUAAAAAACCACUCAAAGACCCCUCUGCUUCUCCAAAAAUCACAUCAUCCGUUAUUUCAAAGUUGGAGUCUCGAGCAAACUUGCUCCAAAUGUAUCAGUUGAAAGAAUACAGUGAUUCACUUCCAAUCUAUUGUUUAUCUGCCUUUGCUAACCCACGUGGUUUUCUGGCUGCCGUGAUCAGAGAGACUGUUCACAACAAACACAGUGACAUCAGCAACAUUACAUUACAAUUUCAGGUUGUAGGUGCUGCAGCAUCUCCAUCAUCAACACCCUCAAACGGGAUCUAUCUUUCCGGUUUGGAGCUACAUGGAGCGUUGUGGGAUAAGCAGCUUGGAGCUCUGCAAGACACCCUGUCACCUACACCUUGUCCUUUUCCUCUCCUCUUGGUCAGAACUCAAGAAACAAACUACAACCUCAAUGACUCAUCUCAAAGUUCACCUUCGAAUUCCUAUGCUAUGCCUCUCUACAAAUGUCCUCUCUAUUUGGAAAGUCACAGCGAAGAUGCCGCCUGGAGCCUCUCAGUGGACAACAUUGUCACUUAUGUUCCACUUAUGACAACAUUAGAUCCGGUACUUUGCAAAAUGAGACGAGUCCGAUUAGUCAGUACACUCAAAGAAAAUAAACUGAAAAAACUUUAAAUAUUGAGAU